AUGGAUGAUCCAUCGUUAUUACCUUUUUUAAAUAAUAAUGGUAAUGGACAUCAUUAUUCAAUUAAUGUGGAUGAUGAAAUUGAACAUGAAGAAGAUGAAUUAGAUGAGAAUGAUGAGGAUGAAGAAGAAGAAGAAGAAGAAGAGGAUAAUGACGUUGAUGAUGAUGAUGUUUUACAAAAUUAUGAUCAAAUUCAACAAUAUCCUGAAGAUGAAAUUGAUGAAGAUGAAAUUGAAGAAGAUGAUAUUGAUGAUGAAGAAAAUCAAGAUGAACAAGAAAUUCUUAUACCACAACCACCACCACCACAACAGCAACAACAAAUAAUACAAUCUGAACGUGGUGGACGUCGAAAAGGUGUACCACGUCGUUUACAAUUAUCUCCACAAAUAGUUCAAACUUCAACUUCACAACAACGUUUAUUACCAUUAUCAUUAUCAAAAUCUUCAUCAAAUGUUCAUCAUCAUCAUCAUGAACAACCAAUAUUAACAUCUGAUCAAGAAGAUAUCAAUGAAAAUAAUAACGAUAAUAAUGAAAAUCAUACUGAUGAAUGUUAUCAACAUAAACAAGAAAAUUGUUUACAAUUAGAUUUAUUAUCUAGACAUUUAAUAGAUAAUAAUCAAGAUGAUUAUGAUGAAAAUAAUAAUUAUAAUGAUGAUGAAAAUAUUUUAGAAAUAGUUGAUGAUCUUUUAGCUGAUAUUGUUACAAAAAUUGUACAAAAUAUAAGACAACAACGACAAAGAAAUUUUAAACAACAACAACAACAAAUAAAUAAUAGUAAAACUAAUGGAUAUUUAAAUCAUAAACAAUCAACAAAUAGUUUUAAAAAAUCUAUACAAAAACAAGAACGAAAAAUUACUAAUGGAAAACAUAAUACUAAUGAUUUUAUUCAAACGAACAGCAUGAAAUCAUCGAAGUCUCAAUCUCAACAAUCUUUAUCAUCAUCGUCAAAAUUAUCCGAUUCAUCUACACUAUUUAAUGAAUUUACUAAAAUGAUGCAUUUCAAUUCUCAACAACAAUUAGUCAAACAUAAACAUUCAUCAUCAUCCUCAUUUUCUUCUCCACCAUCAGCUAAACGACAAAAAAUAUCUGAAACAUCAUCAUCAUCAUCAUCUCAAUCAACAACAUCAUUAUCUUUACAACAACAUCAACAACUUUUAUGGCAAAUGACACAACAAUUAAUGAUGUCAGCACAAUCAAAUGAUACUGAUAGUUCAUCUUUACUUAAACAACAAUUACUUGGUUUAACACCACCUGGUACAAUACCAAAACGAGUCGGUCGUCCACCAAAACAACAACAAACACAACCACAAAUAAUGCGUUCAAGUACAAAUAUGAUACCACCAACAUCUACAAAUACUUCAUCAUUUGAACGUGGUAAUUUUGCACCAAGACGUCGAGGUAGACCACCAAAAUAUGUUACUGAACGUGGAAUUCUACCUGGUCUUUCUUCACAUGAUCUUGAUCCAUCAUCAUAUGAUCAAUUAUUUGCUGCAAUUGAAAAUAGUGUUACAGGAAAUUCAACACGAACAUCAUCUGCAACAUUUCAAUCAGCAUUAGCAUCUAUGCUUGGACAUCAAACUAGUUUAUCAAUACCACCACCUCCUCCUCCUUCAGCUGUUAGAAAUGGUGCACCAGCAUCGAUGGUUAAACAGUCAGCUGGACAAACACGUCAUAGUUUACCAGCAUCAUCAAAUACUUCGAAAUUAUCACAUGUUAUAGGAGGAACAGGUAGUGGACUUGAUGUGCCAUUAAUGGCAACAAAAAAACGUGGUCCUGGUCGACCACCUAAAAGUCAAUUGUUACUUGAUUCUCAUCAAGUUUCACAAGCAACUAAACGAAUGAAUUCAUCUUCAUUAUUAUCAAAUAAUAAUACUAAUAAUAAUAAUAAUAAUAAUAAUAAUAGUUUUCCACCAACAAUGGUUCCAUCAUCACCAACAUCAUUUAAUUUAAAUGCUGCUUUUGUUGAUAUGUUACAGCAGCAACAUCCACGUUGA